AUGGCUGUCUCUAUGAAGAAAACCUUCUACUACAAUUUUUUUCCCACCAAGGCCGAGGAACAGGAGGAAGAGAAAAAAGGCGGUAGCAGCAGUGGAGAGAAACAAAUCAGCCGAGUUCUGAUAGAAAUGCAUGACUUUCCGGACAAUCAGCCGCCACUGCUACUAAAGCGUACCGAUCCACGGGGCAUCAUAAAGGCGGUUUCUGUAAGCGAAAUCCAGAUGGGGAUUCUUUUCUUUUCAUUCAGUGAGACGUUUGAGCACAUCUUUCGACAUUGGACGCUGGACGAAGUCAAUUUGGUCAUAAGUGGCUACAACAAGUUCCAUGUUUUGGUGAAAGAUGUUACUGAUCACGAAGAAACUGAGUACAGAAGUGACAGAAUAUUUUUCCAGAGGUUGCAAAACGAUGAGUUCUAUAUUCUUGGGUGUUUGGAUGUGAUAAGAAAUAGGUAUCUCAGUGCUGGUGACGAAAUUGGCUUGGCUUGGGAAAGGGAUAGAAACGGAACGGGAAUGUUUCUGUUCAAAUUGUUGAGCAGAAGCAAGAAGGCGCCCGCAAACAUCAUGUUUUAG